UGUACUAUGAAGAUUCAUUAAUUUUAUGACAUUUAACUCUAAAUCAAAGUGAAACUUGCUUUUAAGCCUUUAACAGACUUUGGUUUUGCUUGAUUAACCAUUUAAGGAAAAGACUAAACCGAAUCAAACCUAACCUAAACCCGAUUUCAACUAGUGAACCACAAACCCGACCCGAUAAAGACCCAACUUCUACUUCUCUCUCUCGAGAGAGAGGGAUCAGAGAGAAAGAGCAAGACGGUGGAAGAGACGAUGACAACCGCCGGAUAUAACUUCCCUCUUGAUCUGACGAUCGAGAUCCUGCUAAGAUUGCCGGCGAAAUCUCUCUUCAGAUUCAGAUCUGUUUCGAAGACAUGGUGUUCCAUCAUCCGUAGCCGACAAUUCGCCAGCGAGUUCAUGUCCCUGUCUCUGUCUAGACCUCGUCUUCUCUUUACUUUCAAUAACUGUUGUGACACUCGAUUGUUGUUCUUCUCCUCACCUCAUCAAAGCUGUUACCUUUCAUCAUCACCCUCUUCAAUGUUAGCUUCCAAAAAGAACUUUUUAACGAUGCCCAUAGUUAUGUCUUCCUUUGACAUAGUCUUGAGUAAUUCAGUUCGUGGCUUCAUCUGUUCUUCUCUCCGGGGUAAGUUCGUGGUGUGUAAUCCAAACACUAGACAAGUCAUACACUUGGGCGAGAAUAGCUUUGAAUCUGAUUAUGAUUGUUAUAUGUACUUGGGAUACGACCCAAGCAACGAUCAAUACAAGGUAUUGCGCCUGACGAUGAACACGCGCUCUCAUUCACCUGUUGAACAUAGUGUAUGCACGUUGGGAGGUGGUGAACCAUCUUUAUACUCAUGGAGGAACAUCAAAAGCAGUGUCAUUUACUAUGAUUGUAUGCAUAAUGGAGUCUGCAUUGAUGGGGUUGUGUACUAUGAAGCUAGCUUGAAAGUGGAAUAUGGUAACGCUAGUAUGAGAGUGAGUAGUUUUGAUGUUGGGUCCGAGCAGAUUCGUCCUAUGAAAACACCUGAACAUUUUGGUGGUUUCCUUCUAACAAACUACCUUGGGAAGUUAGCUGCGUACCAUGAUGUUGAUGAUGGUUAUUUUGCUUUGUGGGUUCUUGAUGAUGUCAAGAAUCAAGUUUGGACAAAGAAGGUUUGUGUAUUUCCUUCUUUUACCUUUACAAUGUUGUGGGACUUGGACUUGCGCUUUGCAGGGAUCACUGCUGCUGGAGAGGUGGUCUAUGCUCCACUCUACUUUUGUGAUCCUUUUGAGGUUUUCUGCUACGAUGUAGAGAAGAAGAUGGAAAGAAGAGUUAGAGUUGAAGGACUCGUAGAUGAUGUUUAUGAAGGUUCUACUUUCAAACGUCGUUUUCAUACCUCUUUAUUAUGUUGCUAUGUCGACAAUAUUAUGAUUUUGUAGCUCUCUGUUUUAUUGGGGUGACCACUGUAUCCCUUUCAAGCUUCUCUGUUACUACUAUGUAUGUAUAAUAUAGAAGAGAGUUAAAGAACUAUUAAGUAAAGGUCUUUGUGUUUGUCUGUGUCAUGUUAAUAAUAAUGCUUCCUUGUUUAAUUAAGGGUUCUGUUUAAUUAAAGGAUUGUUCGAUUUCA